GAAUUGUGCCAGGAAUGCUGAGAAUGACGUUAAACAGCCAAUUUGCUACAUUCAUCAGACUGCAGGGUGUCAUGAAUCUGUGCAGGUUCAAACAAAAUUUCAAGAUUACAAAGAUAUUCUGGAGGGAAGUGACAUUGAAACAAAAGGUGUUUGGGCUCCUUAAGUCAUUUUUACUCACACAAGAGACAGGUCAAGAAUGACAUGCUUGAAAUGAUCCCUUCAAAAGAAAUGUUUUCAAUUACUUUGUAGUUAGGUUAAAGUUGAUGGUGAUGAGAACAGAAAUUGGACUUGUUCGCAGUGAGAUGAUGACAUUCAACGUUUGAUCAUAUUUGUGGAGACUUUUGAUCCUCAUUAACAUGCAUUAUGAGCAGUGAUUGGAUGGAUCAGUGGAUAGCACCACUGACUUUGGAGGUUGGAGAUCUAAUCCUGGUCAAGGUAAACUAUGAAGGAGUCAAACUAACACUGACUGAUAGGGAAGACAAAUGUGUCUGAGAAGAAUUACUUCUCUAGUCCUGUGGUGUUAAUUUAACUGUGAAAUAAGUUUAAAAUGUUGUCUCUUCUAGUGUUAAUACUUAAUUAUUAUAGAAGUGUUGAUUUAACUUUGAGGAAUAUAGAGCUAUGGUGUAUAACUCAGAAAAAAAUUUAACACUUUUUGCUGUGAGAUGUUUGCAUGUUCUUUGCAUCAUGGAUGGAUGAACAUACUAUAAAAGUCUAUUUUCUUUCAUCAUUAUUAGAAAAAAAGCUAUCUUGUCCAGCGAUUUGAUGUUGGCAUGUCAGUGCUAAACCACAAGAGAUAACAACAUAAUAUUAUUUUGUGCCAAACAUGCAAUAUGCAUUUUAAAAUUCAUCAUUGUGUUGACGUGCAUGAAUGCAUGUGCCAAACCAAAUGUUGAUCUUAUGUUGAAAACGUGAGUCACCCUUUACAGGAAAUUGUCCACUUUUUCAUGAGAAAAAAGAGGAAGCGAGGCCUUGCUGGUGCUGCACUUUGUUUUUGCUUUUCAUGCAGACACCACUGUCAGCACCUCACAUUCAAGCGAGCACUCUCCUCCAGCUGAAAUGGCCCCCGAGGAAUUUGGUGGCGGAAUGGUGGCAGUCUGCGUAAUCCUGGGCCUGUCCUUUUUCAUCGGGAUGCCUGGCAACCUGCUGGUGAUCUGGACCAUUUUGCGCCAUGUCAAGCAGCGCUCGCACACGGUGGUGCUAAUCCUUCACCUGGCGGCCGCUGACCUGUUGGUGCUGGUCACCCUGCCCUUGUGGAUCUACUCAUUGGUCCAUUCCUGGGUGUUCGGAGAGGUCUCCUGCAAAGUCAUGGGCUUCGUGAUCAACGCCUGCAUGUAUGGCAGCGUUUUCCUCAUCACCCUGAUGAGCGUGGAGCGUUUUUUGGCCGUGCGCUAUCCCUUUGCCUCAGCUGGAUGGAAGAGGAAAAAGGCCUUAAAUAAAGCCUUGCUGUUUCUGUGGACCGCAGCCUUCUUGUUCAGUGUGCCCGCCCUCCUCACGCGGGUUGUUGAUAAGGAUUCGGGAGAGGAGCACUGUUUGUACAACCAAUACACGUCAGUCACUCAGGAGCUGGUGUGUGUGCUGCUGGAGACUCUGGUAGGCUAUGUAUUGCCGUUCUCCAUCUUGGUGGUGUGCUAUGGCUGCCUGUGCACCCGCAUUACUCAAAUGACCUUCAAGUCCAAGCGCAAGUCUACGGUUCUCAUCGCCAGUGUGGUGGUGGUGUUCGCCAUUUGUUGGACACCAUACCACAUAGGAAACAUACUCUCACUGAUUAUCCUCGCCAUGGAGACGUCCUUCCCCCACAUCGGAGAUCAUUUAGAGGAUGUACGCAGCAAUAUGGCCUACAUCAGCGGAGCUAUGGUCUUCAUCAGCAGCACCAUCAACCCCAUUCUCUACAUGUUUGCCGCCCGUUCCUUCCGCAGUUCUUUGAGGGACACGGGUAUCGGGAAGCUCUUCCGACACAUCUCCAGCACCUCUCCAGGUGAGGGCAAUAGGGAGUUGUCCUUUGUGUCCAAGAGACAAAACAAUCAGACCAGCAGCAGUCACUGUAACUCUGAGUCAAAAGAGCAAAAUGACAUUUCUGGAAAUCACACAUCAUAGCAAUGUGAAUCAAUGGUCUAUGUAAUUUCGUGUAAAUACAACAGUUUCCUGUUUUUGCUUUUUGUAUCUCAAAUGUAACUAUUUACAUGUACAUUUAUGAGCACUGAAAAUAAUGCAAUAAAGUAUGUAAUUCUUUAAAUAAUUGAUUCGCAACAAAAUAUUAAGCUCUCAAUUUAACUACUGUACACCACAACGUCAAUAAUAAAUAAUUACAAAUAAAAUGAAUACCUCUUUGAGAGUGUCAAAUUUAAAAAAAAAUCUGCCCUAUUUUAGUAAACACAUUUUUCUGUAUUAUAAGUGGUUUUAAUAUUACGGAGUUGGCACAACUGGUUAACCCAUCAGGUUCACAGUUUUCUGAUUGGGGGUUUAAAUCCGGACUCUGGACGUCUGUGCUGGGUUUUCAUGUUUUCCCCGCUUGUGUGGGGUUUCUCCAAGUAUACCCUGGUUUCUUCCCACAUUCGAAAAACAUGCAUGGCGGGUUAAUUGAAGACGCUAAAUUGUGAAUGGUUGUUUGUCUGCCACAUUUGCCCUGUGAGUGGCUGGUGAGUGGUAACCUGUAAAGGAUGCAGCCCACCUCUCACCCAAAGUCAGGUUGGAUAGACUCCAGCUUACCUGCAACCAUAAUGAAGAUAAGCAGUAUUGAAAAGAUAGAUGAUGUUGUGCUCGUGUUUAUUUAUUUGAGAAAAUCUAUCUAUCUAUCUAUCUAUCUAUCUAUCUAUCUAUCUAUCUAUCUAUCUAUCUAUCUAUCUAUCUAUCUAUCUAUCUAUCUAUCUAUCUAUCUAUCUAUCUAUCUAUCUAUCUAUCUAUCUAUCUAUCUAUCUAUCUAUCUAUCUAUCUGUCUGUCUGUCUGUCUGUCUGUCUGUCUGUCUGUCUGUCUGUCUGUCUGUCUGUCUGUCUGUCUGUCUGUCUGUCUAUCAGGCCUCUUUACUUCCUCUCCAUGACAAGAUUGCAAAAUGAAAAGCGACAUGCAUGUUCCCUUUGUUACACAAAAUGCAGAAUAAAGGUGUUGUUGCGGUU